CGCUUUCAACAAUGGACAUUGUCUCAAAGCAGCUUUACACAACUAAUGUGGUUAGAAAGAAUGAAACAAAUUGUUCGCUCAAGCUGCUGCCAAUAAUACAUUUGUGUAAAUAAAAAACGUUGACUUAAAUUAGAAAAGAAUGCGAAUUGGAUAAUAAUGAGGAUGAUAAUAAAUGAAUAAAUAAGUAACCAAUCGCCCUAACAGAGGACUCGACCAGCUAUCGACCGACAUUACACACUUUUGUAGUCGUGACGCUUAAACCGAUUCCUAAAUCUCUGACCGCAUUUCUCUCAGGUUGCAUAACAUAUCGCGUGACUUGCUGCUUUACAGGAACGUGAGGGAACGGGGCGCGAAGGGGGCGGGGCUUUGGUCGCGGUGGGAGGAGCCACGUGCGUCCGCUUCCGCGUUUCCCCGCACGGUGUCUCCAUCCUCUGCGUCCGGAUCACACACACACACACACACACACCGCCCGCACUCGGUGCUCGCUUGCGGUUCUCACCGUCUCCCGCCUCCUCCGAUUAAUCCAGGUGACAGACGGAAAAGCCGAAAAAGUCCGUUUUUCAUCCGGUUCUCCAGCACCCGCGCCUCCCUCCUCCUCUCACCCCCUCCCAACGCCCUCUCCAAGCGUUUACUACCGCCUACUCCUCCACAUGCAGGCGAGCGCUGGGCCCCGGCGCACCGGCUCCAGCCAUGUCGGCGAGCGAUGCGGCGGCUCCUGCCGGUGACAGAGCCCCGGGGGGAGAAACAGGAGAUGCAUUGGAGGAGGAUCUCCAGAGUCACUCUGUCUCUGUUUCCAGUCUGAUGACCCCCUCUUUAGCUGCUGACAUGGCGUCCAGCAUGGAGGUGACCAGGAAACGCAAGGGCAGCAUCGAUAAGGAAACUAAAUCGGUGUCAAUGCUGGAUGAAGAUAUGGAGGAUGAUCAGGAAAGGUCAGAAGGGGACGACCCACAUGUGAAAAUCAAGUGUUUUAGGGAACCUCACAGCCAAAUUGAAAAACGGCGUCGGGACAAAAUGAAUAACCUGAUCGACGAGUUGUCCGCCAUGAUUCCCACCUGUAACCCCAUGUCUCGCAAGCUUGACAAGCUCACUGUACUGCGCAUGGCCGUGCAACAUCUCAAGUCACUAAAAGGUGCGACCAGCUCAUUUGCCGACGCCAACUACAGGCCUUCAUUCCUUCCUGAUGAUGAGCUCAAGCACCUAGUUCUCAGGGCUGCGGACGGAUUCCUGUUUGUGGUUGGAUGUGACCGUGGGAAGAUAGUAUUUGUUUCUGAGUCUGUUUCAAAGAUUCUGAAUUACACACGGCCAGAGCUGAUUGGCCAGAGUUUGUUUGAUUAUGUUCAUCCGAAGGACAUAGGAAAAGUAAAGGAGCAGCUCUCAGCCUCUGAACUCUACCCAAGGGAACGCCUUAUAGAUGCCAAAACGGGACUCCAGGUGCAAGCUGAUCUGCCCGUAGGAGCCACUCGACUCUGUUCAGGAGCUCGCCGCUCUUUUUUCUGCCGAAUGAAGUGCAAUAAAGUUGCUGUUAAAGAAGAAAAGGACUUCCAGGCCAGCUCAUCAAAAAAGAAAGAAUCGCAGCGUUAUUGCACAGUGCACUGCACCGGCUACAUGCGCACUUGGCCCACCAGUCAGCUCGGUGCGGAGGGUGAGGCUGAGGCCGAUAAGGAGAGCUCACAUUUCUGCUGCCUUGUAGCUGUGGGUCGUGUUCACCCUCAUACCACCCCCCAGGCCAACGGAGAGGUCAAGGUCAAGCCCACAGAGUUCAUCACUCGCUGUGCCAUGGAUGGCAAAUUCACAUUUGUGGAUCAACGAGCCACCACUGUAUUGGGAUAUCUACCACAGGAGCUGCUAGGCACAUCGUGUUACGAAUACUUUCAUCAAGAUGAUUUGCCUCAUUUAGCAGAUCGACAUCGAAAAGUAUUGAGAAGUAAAGAGAAGAUUGAGACAAACAGCUACAAGUUCAAAACAAAAUAUGGGUCAUUCGUCACCUUAAAAAGUCAGUGGUUUAGUUUUAUAAAUCCCUGGACCAAAGAAGUAGAAUAUAUAGUCUCAACGAACACAGUCAUAUCCGAUAAGAGCAGUUCCAGUGGAUCGGGAGACAAGUCAGAACAGCAGAUAGAUUCCAAAGUUUUAGAAGAGGAUGCAAAAAAAUCUCUCCCCAUCAUCCCAGGAAUCUCGAAUGCGUCCGGCACCAUGAUUUACGCAGGAAGUAUCGGAACGCAAAUAGCGAAUGAACUGCUGGAUUUUAAUAGGAUGAACUCUUCCCCAUCCAGUGGCAAUGCCAGCCCCUUCAGUCUACUGCAGGACAAAUCUCCUCUCAUCCUCACUCAAGCCAGCAGCAAUGUGCCAAAUGGGGAAGUAACGGAAACGCAUGCGCCCAGCAAGUCGAUUUCGGUGGAGGACUCGCGUAGUGGACCCUUUACCGGCAGUGAAAAUGUCAUGGAGGGACCAUCUCAGUUGGAUCUGGAUGGGGUUCCCGGGCUGGGAAGUCUGAGCAGUGACGAGGCUGCCAUGGCAGUCAUCAUGAGCCUGCUGGAAACUGACGCCAACCUGGGAGAGGGCAUGAACUUUGAUGAGAUGCGCUGGUCUCUCUAACUUCAGAGCUCCAAUGUCUUUCUUUGAGUUUUGUUAUGAAUUUGGGUUUCUUUUUUUGUAAAAGAUUUUUUUUUUGAUUCCUUGAAUGUGGAUAGUUUAUUUUAUUUUUCUUUUUCUUUUAAACGUUCCUUUGAUCACUGGGCCCAAGAUCAUCCACAUCAUGUGUUCUAUCAAAUUUUAACGGACUAGAUUUUUUUUUCUAAUUGCUGCAUGACUCUUCAAUGAAAAGAAAAAGAUAUCCAGAAAGUAGUAAAAGGCAUCUACGAUGUUUGGAUUAUA